UGCGUUUGAUACAAUUUAAUCUAUUGAUCACUGAGUGCAAUCUGGUUGUUAAUAAAUUUCAAUUGCGAUGACAUUCUAGCUGUGUAUUUAUACAGCUGUACUUCUGUCAAAGGGGGUGAUUUUUAUUACAAGGUUUUGAAAUAUCCAUUAAGUUAUUAUAGUGUAUGCUGAAAAGGAAAUUGCUGUGACUUAAAAUGACAGACAUAACCGCGCUGAAGAUUUUGAGUAGCCAGAUAGAAAGUUUCAUGAAGCUUCCUGAGCCGCCCGAUACCCUCAGUGAUGCCGCGUUUGAUAACUACAAAGCAAGACUGGAACAGUCGAUUGACAAAGCUGUUAAAUCCGUUAACGAUGUCGGCGCGUACGCUGAUCACAUCAUUAAAAAGCUGGAUGAACUGAAUAAAUGUCUACCAGAACAAGUAAAACGAAUACAAGAUGCAAUCAAGACCUUGUUUGGGAGACUCGUCGCUGUGAAACCCGGAGAUACACUGCUAGGUGAGAAUUGGAAGUUUAUGCAGAGAACACAUGAGCUGGAUAUGUUGGCGAAAGAGCUUAUGAAUCAUCGUCUUAAUGAACUCAUAUCUGAGACAGAGUCUGUAUGUAAACGACUUAAAGACGGUGCAGCUUUAACCGUGGGUGAUAUCGAUAAUUUAAAAGGUUGUCUAGAAAGCUGGGAAAAAUCAAAACGAGAGAGUUUUAAUGAAGAAAAACGUCGCAAAGAAGAAACAAGACGCCGUAAAGAGGAAGAAAAGAGGCGACGCCGAGAAGAAGACGAGAAGCGAAAACAGGAAGAAGAAGAAAGGAGAAGACAAGAGGAAGAAGAGAGGAAGCGGCUCGAAGAAGAGGAGCGGAGAAGACGGGCAAAAGAAGAAAGGCAGAGGAAAGAAGAUGAAGAGCGACAGAGACAAGAGGAAGAAGAGAACUUAAAGAGAGAGGAAGAAGAUCGUUUAAAAAGAGAAGCGGAAGAACUAGAAAGAGAAAGGCAGAAGAAGCUAGAUGAGGAGAAAUUAAAGCGGGAAAUGGAAAGACAAAGACGAGAAGCUGAGGCGAGAGAGAGGGAACGGCGCAGAAAGGAGGAAGAGGAACGGGCCAAGAGAAAAGACCCUAACAAUUGGGAGCCAAUUGUUUACGACCGACCCUGCGACGAAGUUGGAGGAAAGAAGGCGUUUCAUGCCGGCGUAUGUUGUAUGGUAGCAGCGCCUCCGGGAGAUAUCGCGAGAGAAGAUGUGGAAUGUAACGCCAGUGACGAUCUUGAUAACGUCGUUGAUAUUUUUGACGACGGUGAAAAGCCGGCUAGCUCGAUUAUCAAUAUUAAGUCAAUGAAAGGACUUGUCAAAUCAGAGUGUCCGUCACGAGUGUACAUCCCGCACUGCCCAGUCAACAGUUCGAGUGACGAGUUGGUCCUGAAAGUUUCUGUGAACGGACGCGACUGGGAAACAGCCGGUGUUGUUAGCCCAACUCAGACAAUGUCGGAAAAUAAGAAAAAUAUUCCAGUCAGCAACCUCGUCGGCAUUGAGUUAAGCGAAUUUGAGAAUAUAACGAUCAUGGUAAUUGCAAGACCACGUGGUCAGACUGUGAUUGUGGACAAAUCUGGACUGAAUUUCAAUUCCAUUACCGACAAGAAUGUUAAACUGUUCCUGCCAAGAGACGCAUUUCCAUCAAGGACUGAAGUUCGGCUGGUUGUUAACCCUAUUUCGUCCGAAACAAUUGCCCAGAAUGCGAAAGACGACAGUCUUUGGGAAAAUGUCAUGUCGGCAAGUUCUAUGAUAUUAAUCUCCUGUCAACGAGCGCCUGCAAAGGAAAUUGAGGUUGACAUAACGCAUGACACCACAGCUACAGGAGGGCGUAGUUCACGUGGAAAACUGUACCACAUGUUUACAACUAGAGAUAAAGUAUGGAAAUUUGCGGACAUGGAGUACAAGGGGACCAAAGAUGUGGUAUCCGUUACUCUGCCUGCCUACAAGGACAGGUUCAGUUUAUUUGAACUUGAAAUGCCUGCCAACAUCCCUAAGGAAACAGCACUGAAGGUUGCGCAAUCAUGUCACGAACAAAUGUUUAAGUCUCCGGUGAGAUUGAUUGUACGGCAGCAUGACGUUGAUCCCCAGAAAGCGUUAGUUAUGGUCGCAGGCAGAAAACAUGUGAUGAGUUUCAUUGAUCAAAUGAAGGAUGAUGGGUACAGUCAUGGUCCUGAUGUUACUAAGCAGUUUGGGCUAAGAGACGGACAGAGGCUGAUACUGACCUGCGCAGGAAAUAUUGAUACAUCGUCAGGAAAGAACGGAGUGGUCAAGAUGACAUACUACACAUAUAUGAACGUGAAAAAAGAACCUCUACAGUUACACGUGGUAGACAUAUACAAACAGAAGGAUCUUCAUGAAUAUCGCGGGAUCGUUCGUCUUACAGUCGAUAAUGGGACAGAGUUCCCAGACGAGCAAUUUGAUUUGACUGUCACACUUCCAAAGAUUGAGAGACAAAAGACUAUAUUUCAAGGGACACGCGUUCGAUUUCCGUAUUAUCUCACCGCCCUGGCUGGUUUUCUUAGCCGACAAGUUUGUGAAAAUGAUGAACUUUCAUGGAAGGGUGUCCUACUUAGAAUUGUUGGAAACAAACGUGAACUGGAGUCAUUAAUCAGGGUUGCAAAGAGAAAAGUUGAAAACGACAACGAUGUUACAUCUGUUUGCACAGUUACUCUGUGUGAUUGGAUGAAGGCAACUUCGAAAAACGACGAUAAGGUACAUCACAUUUUAGGUAUGCUUGACCAUGACGGCCUCCACGAGUUACAUAAUAAAUGCAGUGCAUUUGUACAGUUCCAGAAAGAGGUAAUGACGGAUACCGCUCUUUCGGAAGUAUCGUCAACAACUAGCAAAUCUGCUAAUGAGUUGGCGGUAGACCUGAAUUUGGAUAAAGAGGCUGUUGACAAAUGCAAAAAGGAAUAUGGAGAGGACGGUUUAGUCCUUCAUCUCUUGUACGAGUGGAGGGAAUCGGAUGAAGCCAUCAAGUAUGGCGAUCGGGCCUUGGAUAGGUUACAGACACUGUGUGGUGUUUGAAAUCGGGUAUUCCAAACGGUGUUUGAAAUUGGGUAUUUCAAACAUAAGUAACUGGGAGGAUCAGAUGCCACCUCUGACUGUUUCUAUUAUCGGAUGUUUCCCCUUUCAUUCCACAACUAGUAUCGCAUAAAUUGUUCUUGGUGCUUUUUACACGCAACAAUAAAACAAAACACGGAAGACAUCCGUUUUUAGUUUUUGUAAAAACAACUAUCAAUAUUUAACACAGUACGUUCUACUAUUGUUUUUAAUUAUUACACCAGUGCUUUUAAUAUUGCCUAAAUAUGACCUUUACUUUUGAAUGUUGUUGUUUAUCUUGAAUUAACCAGAGUCCGCACUGCACUGUAUGUAAAUGUUAACGCGAAUAUAAAAAAACAAACUUGCUUAACUAUUGGUUUUUGUUGUUUUUUUGUUACUGUUUGUGUAUUGUCUGUCUUAUUGUGUGUCUUCUUCAUCAGCAAACUUAUUCAAUAUAUGCACGUAAACGGUGUAAAAACUCCGACUAAUGGUAUGUAACCAUUUGCUGCUAAUGAAUAAAUUUAAAUUUAUA